AUGCAAUCAUCAAGUGAAUCCAGUGAAUCACUUCCUUCAAGUGUUCGUCGUUCAGGAAAAACGCUUCCGAUGGAGUCAAGAACUGGCCGUAGUAAUCAAUGCUACAAUCCCGAUACCGGAGCGAGGAUAGUGGCCGGAUGCAUAUGUCUUAACCCAGAACGUACCAAAGUGAUCAUGAUCCUGUCUUCUGCCCAUGCUGGAAAAUGGGUGCUUCCUAAGGGAGGACAUGAAAAUGAUGAAACAUUAGUCGACACCGCAAUGCGUGAAACAUGGGAAGAGGCCGGUGUGGAAGGAGUUGUCGUUUCUGAACUUCCAGUAAUUCUUGAUUCACGUAAAGCCGCUCCUGUAAUCAAGGGAGAUUUCGAUCCCAAGGUGGCUGUACCCAAAAGUGAAUUCCACUUUUUUGAAUUGGUAGUGGAUAAAAUGGAUCAAGAAUGGCCCGAACUGAAGACUAGACAACGACGGUGGUGUACUUAUUCCGAAGCUAAACAUGAGUUACUCAAGGCUAAACGACCCGAAUUGGUUACUGCAUUGAAUCUGUCGUCAAUUGUAAAGGAUGCUACUGAGGGUAUAGAUGAUAGCUAUUAA